AUGAACACGACGGAAAACAUCUUGGACGAAAUCGCCGCAGCUGAAGCCGAGUGGGACACGAGCCCUUCCGCGCCUACUGAAGUCGCCUUCAACACCGACAACACGGACGCUUCGGACAUUAUCGCCAUGGACGAGGACAACGAGGAUCGAUCGGUUAACGGGAACGAGUGCCAUUCGGACCAGGUAGCGCUCGUCGGCCGAGACGGCACCGAGGUCUGGUGCUCCAGGACAAGGGUAUUCGAGCAAUCCGGUAAGCUUUCCGAGAUGAUCUCGGACCAACAGGACUCCGAAGCACGCAUUCAUCUGCCCGUAUCCUCCAGCGAAGCAAUCUUGCUCGCCAGGGGCAUCGACGCGGACAUUUCGGGCUGGGAGUCCUAUACUCUCGAGGAACUUGUCCGCGCCGCCAACCUCUUCUACAAUUACGACCUCCGACAAUGGCACGUUGGCUUGGAGUCCGCCAUUCUCGACUGUCUCCGCCGACCGGAGGACGACACGUUCGCCAAGCUCCGGGAUCAACGCUUCGCCGACAAACUCGCCAAGGAAGCGUCGAAAGGUCUGCACUGGGGCGGUUCAUCACUGCAUUCCGUUUCCAUGAUCAAUCUGAGUGAGUUCAUCACUGACACGGGGGCGCAUGUGCCUGCCUCGCAAGGUCUCGGUGUGAUGGCUGUGUCGCUAGCCACCUAA